UGUGGAGGUGUGUGAGGGUGUGAGGGAGUUCGUGUGAUGGAGCGCUGGAAGGGCAGGGUAGCUCUGGUCUCUGGAGCCUCGGUGGGGAUCGGAGCUGCUGUAGUGAAGGAGCUCGUUCAGCACGGUAUGAAGGUGGUGGGCUGCGCCAGAAGCGUGGACAAGAUAGAGAAACUGGCAGCAGAAUGCGCUCGAUCCGGAUUCAGCGGAACUCUGAUUCCAUACAAGUGUGAUCUGUCUGUGGAGGAGGAGAUUAUAAACAUGUUCUCUGCAAUCAAAUCCUCACACCAGGGCGUCGAUGUGUUAAUCAAUAAUGCUGGAUUAGCUCUACCAGAACCCUUACUGACUGGAAGAACCAGCAGCUGGAGAACCAUGAUUGAUGUGAAUGUAAUCGCGCUGUCAGUCUGCACUCGUGAAGCGUAUCAGUCCAUGAAAGAGAGAAAUGUGGAUGAUGGACACAUCAUUAAUAUAAACAGCAUGGGUGGACACCGCGUGGUGCACACCGCCGACGGGCACUUCUACUGUUCCACCAAGUACGCUGUGACCGCUCUCACUGAGGGCCUCCGACAGGAACUGAGGGACGCCAAGAGCCACAUACGAGCUACAUGUAUUUCUCCUGGUCUAGUGGAAACAGAAUUCGCUUAUCGGCUCUACAGUGACAAACCAGAGAAAGCUGCAGCUGCGUACGGAAGUAUAAAGUGUCUUCAGGCUGGUGACGUUGCCAGUGCUGUGGUUUAUGCUCUGAGUUCUCCUCCACACGUUCAGAUUGGAGAUAUACAGAUGAGGCCUGUGGAACAGGUGGAUUAAUAGACAGAAGAGAUCUGGCCCUCUGACUGUGGAAUCUCUUUGCUGUACAGAUGACUGGGAUAGAAUAUAUUUCUUUAUAUGAAUCCAGUUUGGUUUGGGAUUACCAUAUAAAAUAAACGCUUCCUGUGUGAUUUCAGUACUAUUAAUAAUUAGUAGGAAGUUGUAAAUGAUGAUGAGCUCGAGAGAUAAGAAUCCUGUAGAUCAUAUGGAAUGAGGUUAAAUAAGGCUUACAUGGCUUUUCUGGGACGAGUUCAUUAAUCUUCAUUGAAAUAUUUUUGUUUGUCAAUUUUAUGAAAGAUGCAAACAAACUGAGUGAGAGAUCCUUUAUUAUGCAGUUUUAAUGACCCUAAAACACACUGUGAAAACUGCAAAGGAGUUCAACAGUGGGAAGAAGUGGAAGGAUUUAGAUUGACCUUGUCAGUCUCCAGGCUUAAACCCAAUAGAGCAUGCAUUUUACCUGAUAACAAACAUUUACUGCACCAAGAUGAAUGCAGAAGGUUAGUGAUGUCAGUGGGUCACAGGCUUUAUGCAGCAAACAUUUGCAAAAAGUAUUAUUCACUUUAAUUUGCUUUAAGUUUAUCUGUUCCAAUAAAUUUUCUCACAAGACAGAAGGUGCUGUCUUCUGAACUGUGUAUCAGAUCCAGAAAUAAAAGCUGAAAUGUUGA